AGCUCGCAGUGCGCAGGCGCACAGUUCUGCCUCCAACAACAAGAAGCAGCAGCAGGAGCCAGGCAACAUGGCCGACCUGGGGAAGAAGUACUGCGUCUACUGCCUUACGGACGUCACCAACCUGCGGCUUCGCUGCACCGACUGCCCCGAUAUCGAGCUGUGUCCGGAGUGCUUCUCGGCGGGCGCGGAAAUCGGCAAUCACCGGAGAUGGCACGGCUACCAGCAGGUCGACGGCGGUCGGUUCACUCUCUGGGGUCCCGACGCAGAGGGAGGAUGGACCAGCAGGGAAGAGCAGUCGCUGCUCGAUGCUAUCGAGCAAUAUGGAUUUGGAAACUGGGAGGACAUGGCCGCUCACGUUGGAGCGUCCCGAACCCCCCAGGAAGUCAUGGAACACUACGUCACCAUGUACAUCCACGGGAACCUGGGCAAGGCCUGCAUCCCCGACAACAUCCCCAACCGGGUGACGGACCACACCUGCCCGAGCGGGGGCCCCCUGUCGCCGAGCCUCACCACGCCGCUGCCCCCGCUGGACAUCAGCCUGGCGGAGCAGCAGCAGCUGGGCUACAUGCCCCUGCGGGACGACUACGAGAUCGAAUACGACCAGGACGCCGAGAAGCUCAUCAGCGGGCUGUCGGUGAACUACGACGACGAGGACGUGGAAAUUGAAAUGAAGCGCGCCCACGUGGACAUGUACGUGCGCAAGCUCCGAGAGCGCCAGCGGCGCAAGAAUGUGGCCCGAGACUACAACCUGGUGCCCACGUUCCUGGGCCGAGACAAGAAGGACAAGGAGAAGGAGAAGCCGGGAGCGCUAGGAGUCCCAGGCGCUGCCGGUGGCGCGGGUGGAGCAUCAGCAGCCGGCGGCGGGGGCGGUGGCACUGCUGGAUCGGGCUCUACGACGGCGGCGGGAUCAGGUCCUGUUCCCAAAAGAAAGAUCACCAAGGAGGAGAAGGAGCAGCGGGUCAGACUGCGGGGGCUCUGCCAGUUCAUGGCCACCCGGGAGUUUGAAGACUUGUUUGAGAACAUGCACAAAGAGCGCGCGCUGCGGGCCAAGGUGCGCGAGCUGCAGCGCUACCGCCGCAACGGCAUCGCGCGCCUGGAGGAGUCCGCCGAAUACGAGGCGGCGCGCCACAAGAGGGAGAAACGCAAGGAGAACAAAAGCGUGGUCACCUCCAAACGGGGCAGCGGCGGCGGCGGAGGAGGAGGGGGCGGGCUCGGCUCAGGGAUGGGGCUCGGGGUCGGAGCCGGAGGCGGGGGGGGAGGAGGAGGAGGCGUUGCCGGAGGACUCGGCGGCGGGAUCAAAGAGGAGGGGAAGGACGGCGAGUUCGCCGCCAUCGAGAACCUGGCGGGCUUCGAGCUGCUGUCGGACCGGGAGAAGGUGCUGUGUAACUCUCUGAACCUGAGCCCGGCACGCUACCUCACCGUCAAGACCAUCAUCAUCAAAGACCACCUGCAGAAGAGGCAAGGCAUCCCGGCCAAGAGCCGGCUGCCCAGCUACCUGGACAAGGUGCUCAAGAAGCGCAUUCUCACCUUCCUCACGGAAAGCGGCUGGAUAUCCCGGGACGCCUCUUAGCCGUCCCGUCUCGGCGUCUAGGAAUCAGAAGUGGAUGAUUGCUGAGAGCUGAUUUGCCAUGAGCUCCGUAGGCAGGACAAAACUACUGCCUGUUUUUUUAUUUUAUUUUUCUCAAAAGUGAUCUUGUGAAUAUGUACAUUGCAAAGGAAGAGGGUGCCCCACUGGGAAAAAAAAAUGUGUAUAUUUUCAUACCAGGGUUAGGAACAAAAAUAAGCCUUUAUUUUUACAUUCGGUAAGGGACUCGGUGGGUUCAAAGUACUUUGUGUCCAUUUUGUUACUACAGUACAUGACUGAGAACUACAGUGCUAACAAGUUCUACAUAGAUUUUUUCAGGUGCACUGACGAUUUAAAAUCCAAACAUUGACGGGGCAGAUUCAUGCUGAAAAGAAUUAAGGGGGCGGGGGAUAGGAUCGUACCAUUCCCUGAAACUGAUGGGUGGCCGAAAUGGUCACUGUUGUUGUUGUAGAUGUUUUUUUUGGGAUCUCUCAAACUCGCCCUACUUUGGUCCACUUUGUUAGCUGCUUCAUCAGGUAAAGCUGGACUUUAUAGUAAGAGCUAUAGCUGAUUUGGAUUUUUGAUCAUUUUAAGGCCUUCGUUCCUAGAAAUUGACGCGCGUCUUCAGUAAACUCUCAAUUCUCGGACAUAUUAUUUUGUUCCUUCGUACUGCUGAAAAAGAGAAUGGAAAAAGACAAAGCAGCAGGGUUGGGCCAUCCGAUGUUAGCUUAUCACUGACGUAUCAGCACUGGCACACAUGUCAGCCAAUAAGCAACAAGACAUAUAAGUAAAGAAAUGCCAAAGAAUAUUCCAAUAUCAUUUCGAGACAGUGUCGUCGUUACACAGUCUGUCCACCAGAGGGUGCUGCUGUUCAGCUGUUAAAACCUCCCUCGCGCUACAUGUCUCGGUCACAAUUCUUAUCAUAAGAUCCUUAUCCUAAAUAUUCAUUUGUGUUUAUGGUAUAAAAAAAAAAAAAGUAUCUGUAUUUAAAGCUCCUGAAUUAUAUCUUCUGCCAUAUUCAUGCUGAAUGAGCAACAAUCCAGGUGAAAAGACAUCUUUUAGGUAUUAUUUAUUUUGUUAUUUUUAACACCCAGCUAAUCUGCUCCAUCAGGACUGUUGGUCACGUUGAUCAGAUGUGAUCACCAGUAACCAUUACUAACCCAUUACUCAUCAAAAAGCUGACUGAGAGAAGAACUUUUUGUGGCGUUUGAAUAUCUACAUAUGCAUUGGUUUAAAAAGAAAUCCUGUAUCGGUCUGGCUCGUAUUCAUAUUUUAAUCACCUAAUUGUUUGUCACCUGAAAUUAGUAUGGGGGGAGAAACUCUCCACUUUCCAAAUUGGGCCCCCAAAAAACGAGCUACUCUUACAAGAUAGGGUUAGUAAACAGGAGAACGCAGCAUUAUGGUUGUUACUUCUUCGUUCCAUUAUUUAUUCAGUCUGUCGUUUCACGGCAGCAGCUCUGAAAUCACAGAGAAGAAAGGCAUGUGAAGGGGUCUUACCUAAGCUGAACUACAUGCUAGAUUCAGAUCUUUUUACUGCAACCGUAACUGUUGGCAAAUUGGCCUUUUUUGGGGGGGUGCAAGUCAGGAGUAGCAUUCGUUUGGUAGCGGUCAUUGCCCUAAAACUACAACUUUGUUUUGAUGACCACGUUUUUUGUGGUCAUCCAAAAAAAAGGAAUGGCCUCCCCUUCAUUGCAUAACUUGAGAAUUUAAAGAAUAACUUUGGUCAUAUUUCAAAUGUUUCUUAUUGUCAACAAAUCCCAGUUAAAGACCAAAACCAUCAAUGAACUGAUUCUAGCAUCACAUCUAAUAUCGGGUGUAUCCAAAGCCUAAUACCUCUUCUUCCUCUGUGUUCCAUUGUCAAUGAGUCACACAGCUGUCAAAACGGGCCUAUAAAUAUUAUAAAUAUUUGAAGAUUCCUCCUAAAAAAAAAAAAACACACACACCCCCGGUUCGCAUAUAUUUAAAUAGCUACCGUAUUAUUUCCAUUCGAAGACAAACCAGUUCUACUUGUGUAGUUAUAUUUAUUUGAACAAACAUUUAUUUGAAAAGAUCUCCAUCCGUCCACACAGAGCUCUCUCUGGAGCGUGCAGGACGCCGACUGCGAUCACGUUAUCUCGUCUGUGAUCUGGUUACCGACGACCCAAAUCUCGUACCGUUCCUUAAAAAUUGUCAGAUUUCGGCGUCAGUCCUUACCAACAUAAGUUCCCAGAUCUCCUCUUCUCUCAAGGUUAGACAUUUUGUUUGGCGUCUUUGCAGCGUUUUCUGCGUCCCCCUCGAUGCUGUACUGCAGGGGUGUCAAACUCAACUUCCCUAAGGGCCACACUAGAAAAUGAGAAUCCCAUCAAGGGCCAGACAUGGAGUAUACUGCUUUUGUGUCAUGGGAAAAGUCAAAUAUCUUUGACUGAAUUAUUGCAUGUCUCAUAUUUGUCAAAGAAAAUGCCAAAAACGGUUGGA